AUGAAACUCUUCAAAAAUCUCGGCUCAGAGUUCACUUAUUUUUGGAAAUCCUUUUUAGAUAACCUACCAGAAUGGUUUGCUACAAUAUGUCUUGCUUUGGUAUCUGUAGUUAUCGCAUUAAUGAUAGAACCUAAACAAAGAAUCGCAUUCUUCCAAAAUUUCAACGAAAGAUAUCCAUAUUCAGGAGAAACUCUUGGUGUUCCAGUUGUUGCUAUUCUCAUUAUUAUUCUUCCUUGUGCAACUCUUGGUUUUCUUGCAAUAACGUAUCCACGCAAAAUAGAUUUAUGCCUCGCAGCAAUGAGCUUAGCUCAAUCACUUUGUCUUACUCUUUUGAUUACUGAAGCACUCAAGGUUACUGUUGCUCGUCCUCGUCCGAACUUUUUCUCUUACUGUCAAUAUGACGAAUCUUUAAAGAAAUGCACAGGCCCAUCAUCCCACAAACGUGAUGCUAAGCUUUCUUUCCCAUCAGGACAUGCAUCAAACUCUUUUGCAACAGGAACUUGGAUGUGCUACUUCUUAGGCAAAUUCUUUAAUAAUGGUUCUGAAAUUUGGUGGAUAAUGCUUCGUUUUAUCCCUAUAAUGAUCGCAACAUUCAUUGCAGCAACAAGAAUUACAGAUUACAUGCAUCACGUUAGUGAUGUAAUCGGAGGAGUUGUAAUUGGCAUUGGAUGCGCAACUCUUAUAUAUAGAGCUCAAGAAAAUAGAAUUUUUAUUCCAAAUAGAAAGAAAGAUGAUGAAUUAUAUCAACUCUGA